AUGGAUUUUGGAUCCCUGGAGACGGUGGUGGCCAACUCCGCCUUCAUUGCGGCCAGGGGCAGCUUCGAUGGCAGCGGUGGCCCAUCCUCCCGGGACAGGAAGUACCUGGCCAGGCUCCGGCUGCCACCCCUGUCCAAGUGUGAGUCUCUGCGGGCCAGCCUGGACCUGGCCUUCGAGAGUCUGUGCACGGAGCAGCCCAUCGGCAAGCGGCUCUUCAGGCAGUUCCUGGAGGCUGAGGGGCAGCACGCGCCGGCCCUGGGCCUCUGGAAGGACGUCGAGGACUACGACAUGGCCGAGGAUGAGCUGCGGCCGCAGAAGGCCCAGGCCAUCCUGGCCGAGUUCCUGGACCCCCAGGCCCAGCUCUUCUGCGGCUUCCUGGACGAGGAGACUGUGGCCCAGGCCCGGGAGGGGCAGCCGGCGGGCGGGGACGGGCGCUUCGGGCCGGUGCUGAGGGCCACGCUGGCCCACCUGAGCCAGGAGCCCUUCCAGCAGUACCUGGGCAGCCUCCACUUCCUGCGCUUCCUGCAGUGGAAGUGGCUGGAGGCGCAGCCCGUGGGCCACGACUGGUUCCUGGACUUCCGCGUGCUGGGCAAGGGCGGCUUCGGGGAGGUGUCCGCCUGCCAGAUGAAGGCCACCGGCAAGCUGUACGCCUGCAAGAAGCUGAACAAGAAGAGGCUGAAGAAGAGGAAGGGCUACCAGGGCGCCAUGGUGGAGAAGAAGAUCUUGGAGAAGGUGAACAGCAGGUUCAUCGUCUCUCUGGCCUACGCGUUUGAAACCAAGACUGACCUCUGUCUGGUGAUGACCAUCAUGAACGGCGGAGACCUCAGGUACCACAUCUACAAUGUCAACGAGGAGCAGCCUGGCUUCCCCGAGCCGCGCGCCGCCUUCUACACCGCCCAGAUCCUCAGCGGCCUGGAGCACCUGCACCAGAGGGCCAUCGUGUACCGCGACCUCAAGCCCGAGAACGUGCUCCUGGACGAGGACGGCAACGUCCGCAUCUCAGACCUUGGGCUGGCCGUGGAGCUGCAGGAGGGGCAGACCAAGACCAAGGGCUACGCAGGGACCCCAGGGUUCAUGGCCCCCGAGCUGCUGCUGGGGGAGGAAUACGACUUCUCUGUGGAUUACUUCGCCCUGGGGGUCACCCUAUAUGAGAUGAUGGCAGCCAGGGGACCCUUCCGGGCCCGUGGAGAGAAGGUGGACAACAAGGAGCUGAAGCAGCGGGUGCUGGGAGCGGCCGUGCAGUUCCCUGACACCUUCAGCACCGCCUGCCGGGACCUGUGCACAGCACUGCUGGACAGGGAGCCGGCACAGCGGCCGGGCUUCCGCGAUGGCAGCUGCGACGCGCUGCGUGGCCACCCCUUCUUCCAGGACAUCCGCUGGAGGCAGCUGGAGGCGGGGAUGCUGGAGCCGCCCUUCAUCCCGGACUCCAGGACUGUCUAUGCCAAGAACAUCCAGGACGUUGGUGCCUUCUCCACCGUCAAGGGGGUGGUUCUGGACGCGAGCGACACGGAGUUCUUCCAGGAGUUUGCCACGGGCAGCUGCUGCAUCCCCUGGCAGGAGGAGAUGAUCGAGACGGGCGUCUUCGGGGAGCUGAACGUGUGGCGGGCGGACGGGCAGAUGCCCGCCGACAUGACGGGGGUGGGGGCGGAGGAGGCGGCCUCCACCUCCAAGUCGGGGCUGUGCCUGCUGUCCUAG